ACUAUUCGACUAUUCUGUGGUUACGCACAUGUUUUCGGUGUGGAACGAAGUUUGAGGUUAGAGCACCGAAAAGCUCGUUUUUGUGGGUGAUUGUGCUUUAAACGAAAAUGACUACGGCCAAAUUGAAAGAAGCAUUUGAGGUGGAAUCAAAACACGGUGCUUUCUACACCGGCGGCAACGUAGAGUGGCACAAAGACACUUUAUACUGCCAAACUGCGUCCUCGGUAUCCUUACUGAACACCCAGGAUGGAACGGUGUCCCAGACCAUCGGCGAAGACAACACCGAGGACUCAGACCACAUCCACACUUUCACAACUGAUGGCGAACGGUUGGUAAGCUCGCACAAAAGCGGCUUGCUCAAACUGUGGAACGCGAAAGGGGAGCUAGUGAAGGUGUGGAAAUGCAUCCACAAAGGCCCCAUCGCCCGGUUAACCCUAAACCAUCAGUUGCUGGCAAGUGGGGGCUCUGACGGCGUCGUCAGAGUGUGGAACUUGGAGCACCAAACGUGCGUCCUGAGUCUCAAGGGGUGCCAAGGGGUAGUCAACGUCGUGGAGUUCCACCCCGAGAACGCGAUCCUAGCAAGCGGGGACGACGGGCGGGUUUUAUCCUGGGACGCAACGAAAGGGGCGUCCCUCACCACCUACAACGCCCACUUCAGUAAAGUGACGGCGUUGCUUCUGGUCAACGAGAAGCACUUGGUGACGUCGGGUCGCGACAAAGUAGUGAUUCUGUGGGAGUUCGGACAUGGAAAACCCUUGAGGACCAUCCCGGUGUACGAAAACGUGGAAGUCGUAGUUAAACUCCCCGAGAAGUUUAAAGUACCGGGGUUUAAAUCCGACCCGGAGUGUAUUUACGUGGCGUCUGCCGGUGAGCGAGGCUUAGUAAGAGUGUGGGACGUCACUAACGCGAAAGAAGUCUACGUACAAGAGAACUCCCUAGUGACGAAAGCGGACGAAGGCGGGUUGGCCAUCACCAAACUACUCUUCCAACAAGAGUCGAAAACUUUGGCUGUAGUCACCGCCGACCACAACAUCAUCCUACAUAAUCUCAAGUCCUUCGUGUGUCUUAAACAAUUCGUCGGGUUUUCCGACGAGAUCCUCGACGUCGCCUUUGUGCGAAAAGACUCGAGUCAUCUGGCAGUCGCCACGAAUUCGCUCGACAUCAAACUCUACGACUCCACUAUGAACUGUCAAUUGCUGAAAGGGCACACCGACAUCGUGCUUUGUUUAUCCACGAGUACAGCCAACCCCGAUCUUAUGCUAUCGGGGAGCAAAGACAACAAAAUCCGCUUGUGGUUAUUCAACGGGUCUUCCAUGUCGUGCGUCGGGGUAGGUCACAGUCACACCGCGUCCGUCGGGUCCGUCGCCUUCCACAACGCCACCUCGUGCUUCUUCAGCGCCAGCCAAGACACCUGUCUCAAACUCUGGGAAACCCCUGCAAAUCCCGAAAGCGACACAAUCCUGACGUGCACUAGCACCGAAGUCGCCCACCACAAAGACAUUAAUUGUGUCUCGGUGUCCCCAAACGGGAAAAUCAUCGCCACCGCGUCGCAAGACAAAACCGCCAAACUCUGGACCGAAGCUCUAACCCUAGUGGGGACUCUCAAAGGCCACAAACGCGGCGUCUGGUCGGUGGCGUUCUCCCCGGUGGACCAAGUCGUGCUUACGUCGUCGGCCGACUGUACCGUGAAACUGUGGUCAGUCAGCGACCUCCACUGUCUCAAGACUCUGGAAGGACACGAAUCCAGCGUCCUCCAAGUCGCGUUCAUCUCCAACGGGAUGCAAAUCGUGAGUGCGGGGGCCGACGGUCUCCUCAAACUCUUCAGCGUGAAGACCUCGGAGUGCGUGGGGACGUUCGAGACGCACGAAGGCCGCAUUUGGGCCAUGGCGGUACACAAAGACGAAACCGAAAUCGUAACCGGAGGGUCGGAUUCGCUUCUGGUUAAGUGGAAAGACGUGACUGAAGAACGCAAACUCCAAAGAUUGAAGGAACAAGAAGAGGAGACACUCCAGCAGCAGAAACUAGCCAAUUAUCUGCAGAACGACGAGCUCGUGAAGGCGUUGAAGUUGGCUUUGAGGCUCGACAGACCCUUGCAGGUGUUGAAGAUCGUGCAAGGGAUAGUUCGAAAAGGGGACACCACCGGGUUGUCGGACGCGGUGAAGGAGUUGCGCAACGACCAGAAGGAAAGUUUGCUGAAGUGCGCCACCGACUGGAACACGAACAGCAGAAACUGCCAUUCGGCUCAACUCGUCUUGAAUAUUUUGAUCGGGGAGUUACAGACGGGGGAGUUCAGGCCGGUGGGGUUGAGUGGGGCGUUGGAGGGUGCGCUACCGUACACCGAGAGACAUUUCAAGCGGCUGACGCAACUGCUACAAGACCUUCACUUUCUUAGCUACACUAUCAAUUGUAUGCAGCCGCAUAUUAAAACAUAGGUGUUGGUUUUUGUAAUUAUCGAUCAUUGUUCUUGUUUGAAUGAAGUGUGUUUAAUUUGGACGACGCAAGUGUGAAGUUUGUUUUAAGUGACAAUGAAAUGUUUAAUAAAUAAUUAAAGCAA